UGCCAGAAAAGAACGUAUUCUCCCCUUAGCCCUAUUCUAAUUUUUAUGUGAGUGAAUCUAAACUGCUGAGGAAGACCAUAUGUGAUUGUUAAAUUAUAUAUAUAUAUAUAUUUUUACUCCGCACAAUGCUUAUUCUUCUACAUCCAUAGAUGCUUGAGAAGCUGUGUUUUUGUCAUUCAUGUACAUUUUCCUUUGGAAAAAGAAAGCGCCUAUUUUACUAACCAAAGACUUGAUUUUUACCCUCCUCGUUUGUAUUCCCUCCUAGAAAUAAGCCCAGUUGGAUUCAUGUCAACGUUUUAAGAGAUUUUUUUUUUUUUAGGUUUUUCUUUGUCUUUCAGAGACCAGAAUUACAAAUCAAAACUAUUUAGGGUGAUAAGCUGCGAUCUUUGAGCUAGCUAUAAAUAAGACAUUUCAAACAAACAACUUCAAUUUGGAGUAGAGAAUACAAAGGCGUGAGACAUCAGGUUGUCAUUUUUUAUCGUAAGAUUCUGCUCCUAAAAAAAAUAAAUGGGGGAUUACGGGUUUGGAGUGCUAGUGCAAAGCAAUACUGGGAAUAAAUCUGCUUUUCCAGUCCGGUUCCAUCCACAUCUGCAGCCUCCGCACCAUCACCAAAAUGCCACCCCCAGCCCUGCCGCUUUCAUAAAUAAUAACACAGCUGCCAACGGCAGCAGUGCCGGGUCAGCUUGGCUCUUUCCUGCUCCGGCCACCCACAACAUUCAGGAUGAGAUCCUGGGGUCAGAAAAAGCAAAAAGUCAGCAACAGGAACAGCAAGACCCUUUGGAAAAGCAGCAGCUGUCCCCGAGUCCCGGGCAGGAAGCCGGAAUCCUGCCUGAAACUGAGAAGGCAAAAUCCGAAGAAAAUCAAGGGGACAACUCUUCAGAAAACGGCAGUGGGAAGGAGAAAAUCAGAAUCGAAUCGCCAGUGUUGACGGGGUUUGAUUAUCAAGAAGCCGCGGGGCUAGGUACUUCCACUCAACCCUUGACAUCCAGUGCAUCGUCUCUUACUGGUUUCAGUAACUGGUCAGCGGCCAUCGCGCCUUCUUCGUCUACAAUCAUCAACGAAGAUGCCAGUUUCUUUCACCAGGGAGGGGUCCCGGCUGCUUCGGCUAAUAACGGUGCUCUGUUGUUUCAAAAUUUUCCCCAUCAUGUCAGCCCUGGCUUCGGAGGCAGCUUCUCCCCGCAGAUCGGGCCUCUGUCACAGCACCACCCUCAUCACCCUCAUUUCCAGCAUCCUCACAGCCAGCAUCAGCAGCAAAGGAGGUCUCCUGCCAGUCCCCACCCCCCACCUUUCACACAUAGAAAUGCUGCUUUUAACCAGCUGCCUCAUUUGGCGAAUAAUCUUAACAAACCCCCCUCUCCGUGGAGCAGCUACCAGAGUCCCUCUCCUACUCCCUCUUCUUCCUGGAGCCCGGGAGGUGGCGGAUAUGGUGGCUGGGGAGGUUCCCAAGGCCGUGAUCACCGCAGAGGGCUGAAUGGAGGAAUAACACCCCUGAACUCCAUCUCGCCUUUGAAGAAAAAUUUUGCAAGCAAUCAUAUUCAGCUCCAGAAGUACGCUCGCCCCAGCUCUGCCUUUGCUCCUAAGUCCUGGAUGGAAGACAGCUUGAACAGGGCUGACAACAUUUUUCCUUUUCCGGACCGCCCCAGGACAUUUGACAUGCACUCCCUGGAGAGUUCACUCAUUGACAUAAUGAGAGCCGAAAACGAUUCGAUUAAAGGUCGUCUAAACUAUUCAUAUCCAGGAUCCGAUAGCUCUCUGCUUAUUAAUGCAAGGACAUAUGGGCGAAGGAGAGGUCAGUCUUCACUGUUUCCAAUGGAAGAUGGAUUCUUGGAUGAUGGCCGUGGGGAGCAACCGCUGCAUAGUGGCCUGGGCUCACCUCACUGCUUCACUCACCAGAAUGGAGAAAGAGUGGAACGCUAUUCUCGCAAGGUGUUCGUGGGCGGGUUGCCUCCUGACAUCGAUGAAGAUGAAAUCACAGCUAGUUUUCGUCGCUUUGGCCCCUUGAUUGUGGACUGGCCUCAUAAAGCAGAGAGCAAGUCCUAUUUUCCUCCUAAAGGCUAUGCAUUUCUGCUGUUUCAAGAUGAGAGCUCUGUGCAGGCGCUCAUCGAUGCAUGCAUUGAAGAAGACGGAAAACUCUACCUGUGUGUGUCAAGCCCCACCAUCAAAGAUAAGCCAGUACAGAUUCGGCCUUGGAAUCUCAGUGACAGUGACUUUGUGAUGGAUGGUUCACAGCCUCUCGACCCACGAAAAACUAUAUUCGUUGGUGGUGUUCCUCGACCAUUACGAGCUGUGGAGCUUGCCAUGAUCAUGGAUCGCCUGUAUGGAGGUGUGUGCUAUGCUGGCAUCGACACCGACCCUGAGCUGAAGUACCCAAAAGGAGCCGGGCGGGUCGCAUUCUCUAAUCAACAGAGUUACAUAGCUGCUAUCAGUGCCCGCUUUGUUCAGCUGCAGCACGGAGAGAUAGAUAAACGGGUGGAAGUGAAGCCAUAUGUCUUGGACGAUCAGCUGUGUGACGAAUGUCAGGGGGCCCGUUGCGGGGGCAAAUUCGCUCCGUUUUUCUGUGCUAACGUUACCUGUCUGCAGUAUUACUGUGAGUAUUGCUGGGCUGCUAUUCACUCUCGUGCCGGCAGGGAGUUCCACAAGCCCCUGGUGAAGGAAGGCGGUGACCGUCCUCGACAUAUUUCAUUCCGCUGGAACUGAAGGACAACUGCAUUGCUCAUUUUCGGGCCUCACGACAAGUGCGCUCUUCUGUUAAUUCUGCCCCCUUCCUCAUCCUCUUCACGCUGGCAUGCCCUUCCGUAGCAGUCCGUAACAGUAGUCUAAUGAAAAGAACGACCUAUCAUAGAGGUGUUUUGUAGAUUCCCGUGUCACCGAGAACCACACGUAGGAGCUCCUUUUUCAUGUUGCCCUCAUGGCGCGUGGAAGUUUCCUUCUCUUGUUUGGCGUGAGAACAAGAGGAGGCCAACUUCCUGCCACGUUUUCUUAGAGGAGAGAGAAAUAUUAAAAGAGAAAUGAAACAAUAGAGUAUUUUGGGUUUUUAAUUAAGUGAUUGUUAAUAAUAUAACCUAUAAGAAUACUUUUAUUAAAAUAGUGAUGCAACGGUAACACUAUCGGUCUGUGCUGACGCUGUGUCCCCCACGAAAUGCCUCUGCCUUUUUCUUCCUUUUUGGCCUCUCUCUUUUUCCAUCCCCCUUUCUAUUCUUUUAACAGCAGCGGAGGGAGUUAACAGUCAUUAACAGGAAAGAGCAUGUUAAAGCAAACACAAAUGCAUGAGCGAGACUGAAGCAGCAUUAGAACUCGUUUUAAGGGGUUCGAGGCCGAAUAUAAUUUCGUUCUGCCUCGGUGACUACCACAUCAGAAAAAGAAAAAAAAAAAAAAACUAGUAAAAUAGGCAGAGCUAGGUUUAUUUUCUUUUAAACACUUUUAAAAAUUUAGAAUGUAAAAAUUGGGGUAAUUUACCGCUGAGGGGAGUGCACUUAUUUAUUUUUAAAAUCACUUAUCUGGUCACAGCCCCAGGAAAACCUACCAAAGCUAGAAUUAAUGACAACUGGUGGGAAAAUUAGCGUUCCCUCCCCUGAAGAACAAAUGUAUAAAUUUUAUUUUUGAUGUUAUAUAUAAACUCUAUAUCCUAAUUUACUAACACUCAUCAGGUGUCAGCCUUUGCUCUCCAUUUUGACGUAAAAAAACAAACAAACAAACAAACAAACAGCUCUAGAGAUACCUCGAGGAUAUUGUUUUUGAUUUUACGUUUUCGUUCUUGUAGCCAAAACUGGAAGACAAAAAUCAACAUACAAAUUGGCUGCCGAUUGGCUUCCUUUUCGAUGAAAAGUUACUUUGGGUCUCCUGUAAUUUAGCUGUAACAUAGAAAGUGAAAAAAAAAAAGUUUUUAAAAAAAAGUUAAGUAGUCGCAAAGUGUUUUGCACCGUUGAACUAAGUAACUGUGUAAAUCUGUGCAAAGGUACGUAUGUUUAUCUUACUCUUCCUAUAAAAUAAAAUAACAUUACAGUUUCAGAACUUAGCAUGGGACAUAGUGUUUGAAGUGCCAACUUCAUCAAGUAAUGCAUGCUUUAUUAUAAAUACAAUUCUAGCUUCGAAAGGCGUUAUUAUGUGCUGAACAGUAUGCUUCAGGGGUAAAUUUAAAAUAGUCUCUUGAAGCCCUGGUCGUGGAAAUAACUUUUAUUUUAAUUGACUUUCUCUCGAAAUGCCCUAUCCACCAUUCAAAGGAUUAUUAUCAGUGUGCAAAACAUCAAAAAAAAAACAAAAGCUAACGGCGACCUUGCUAGUUGUGCUGCCUAACGGUACCGUCUUGGAUCCUUCAAAACCAAAGACUUGCCCCAGCUCUAGGGUGGAACCACCUGGCUGACGACCCCA